AUGGUUGGCCAGUUGCUACUUCAUAUUACUCUGUUCUUGUGGUCUAUGAGUAAUGCACUACUAGCAGUAGCAUCAGAAGCAUCCUUGGCAAAACCAUCUUGUUUGUCGCAAUGCGGAAACGUCACUCAAAUCCCAUAUCCUUUCGGAAUUGGAGCAGGUUGUUACCUGGACGACUGGUUCCGAAUAACAUGCGACAACUCAGCCAGCCCUCCGAAGGCUUUCUUGAACAAGACUGGGUUAGAGGUGCUGAACAUUUCUCUUGGAGGCACACUUACAGUCACAAGCCCAAUCACCUUCUCUAAUUGCAGUAACAAGAAAAGCGACCGCCAGGCACGCAACGUGUUUUUCAGCCCUUUUGUGUAUUCCCAGAGCAACAGAUUCACUUCAAUCGGUUGUGAGGUAAUUGCCUUGAUGUCAGAUUUUGGGAAACCACUUGCUGGGUGCUAUUCCAUUUGUGAUAAUACUGCUCACAGUAGUAGUACUAUCUUUCCAAAUAACAGCUGUAGUGGUUUGCACUGCUGCCAGACCACCAUUUUGAAAGGUCUUUCAUUCUUCGAUACUACUUUUCGAUCAAUGCUAAACGAUAGUGAAAGUGAAAAGGAAUGCAAGUAUGCCUUCCUGGUAGACCGCGAUUGGUUUAUGUCAACAAAUAUCUCUACCAUUGUGGACAUGGACAACGUCCCUGUAGUGCUGGAAUAUCAGUUGCGUAAAUAUUCUGCACGGGAUAUAUAUGGAACAUAUAACUUUUCCCCUCAAAACAUGACCUGCAACGAUGAUUGGCAAUGUUCUUGCAACACGGGCUAUCAAGGAAACCCCUAUCUUCUGGAUGGAUGUCAAGUACUGAUUUGUACGUUACCCUAA